CCUCCUCUUCUUCCUCCUCCUCCUCCUCCUCCUCUUUCUCGCAGGCGCGGCUGCGCCGGAUCCCGGACGGAUGGAGGAGCUCUCCUUGAAGCCGCAAAAAGGGGGCCACCCUCCCGGUUUGGCUCCGAAGGAUGGACAGGAUGCGAUGACGGUGCAGCAUAUGUGCGUUUUUUAAGCAAUUCAAGAAUAGCAGCUGUGGAAGUCUUCAGAUAGAUUGAGAUUCGAAUCCGUGGGCGUCUUAACACAUGGAGCCGGCUAAAGAGGUCCCCAAGCUGGAGCGUCCAACCCCGCUGUUCGUCCCUUUGCAAAGCCUGGUAGAAGGGCCACCCAGCCCCACCGAGGGGGAGGAGGAGGAAGAGGGAGGUGGAGGUGGAGGAGGAGGGAUCCCCAUCCCAUCAUCGGGGCUCCUGCAAGUCGUGGAGCGAAGACAACCGCUGAGCAGUGUCUCCUCCUUGGAGGUCCAUUUUGACCUGCUUGACCUGACAGAGCUGACUGACAUGUCGGACCAAGAGCUGGCCGAGGUCUUUGCCGACUCAGAUGAGGAGAACGUCCCCAAUGAGCCCCAUCCUGGCCUGCAUCCGCACUCGCACCCCAAUGCCCGCUCCGGCUACCUGCGCUCGCCUUCCUGGACCCGGACCAAAGGGGAACAAGGCCGGGAGAAGAAGCGCCUCAGCGACCCAGAGCUCCCGGUGGGUAAAGCAGAAGCCUUCCUGGCCCUGGAGAAGCCGGCCCAAGAAUAGCCAGACCAAGGUGCCAACAGCCUUCCCUCUUGUUCUGCACCAUGGGUGGCCGGUGGCCUUAAAAGAUGUCCAUUCGUCCAUCUAUUUGUCCAUCCCAGCCACCUCCGGUGCUCUUCGGAGACCAAGGAUCCUGUCCGUUGUGCAGAGACAGCCUCUCUCCCUCACUCCAUACCAUCACUCCUGAAAUGUAUUGUCCUCCUAAUGUUGGAAAAGAUGGGAGCAGCCUUGUUUUUCUUUCCUUUUCUGCACUUUUGAGCCUUUCUGAAUAUGUGAAUAAUAUUUGGGGGGAAAGCAGGCACUUGGCCCGAGAAGGAUGUAUGCUUUAAUCUGGAGCAAUAUCGGAGUUGCCCUCGAGACGGAAGCGAUCAGAAGCACCGGAGGAGGGCAGCACAAGAUGGGUGGACAUUUCCUUGUCUCCUCCGUCAUACUUUUGCUUGGAGAUUCCUGGGACGUCUCCCAAGGAGUCCCAACGUACCAAAGGAACUAGGAGGAAGACCUAAAAGCAC